CUUGCACGUGGUGAAGAUUUUUUAAUAGAGUCCAAAUUUACUGAAAUUUGAAAUAAUCUAUCACCUGCCCUUUCAAUGCAGGUGGGAAAGCUUUGACGGAGGCGAAUGUUAUAAAAGAUUACGAAAUAAAUUCUUCUUAUGCGAUAUUGAAGUACAGGUGACACAGGACCCUGGAAUAUUCCCCGGAAGGCGAAUAAGCGGGAACGUGGAGAAUUAGGAACUACACGCACGUUGUAAGUUUCUUUUUCUUUUUUCAGCCCGCCUAAAGUUUUAGUUUGUUUCAGGUGGCUGUCAAAAGACACCAAUUAAAGUAUUAAAUCAAUGGGAUUUGAGGACAGAAAAUUCUUAGAAGCUGCUCAAGAAAUUGACAACAUAAAGCUGGAUGGAUAUGAGUUCUUUACAGAGUCUGUUAAGGAAUCUGUGGAGUGUAAAAUCUAUAGAAAACAUGUAGAGACUUCAGGGUUAUACGAGUAUAAAAUAAUGGGAUCACUGGAAGAUGUUGGUCCUGAUGUGUGUAAGCAAGUUUAUAUGGACUUAGAAUACAGAAAGAAAUGGGACGAGUAUGUUAAGGAACUUUAUGAAUGUGAUGAUGAAGGAGUCCAAAGUAUUUAUUGGAAUGUAAACUAUCCUUGGCCUAUGUCAAACAGAGAUUACAUAUACAAAAGAGCUUUGCGUGAACUGGAGGUAAAUGGCAUUCCGACUGUAGUUGUGUUAGCUGAGAGCAAUACAGCUUGCCACUUGCUCUUUCUGAAAAGGCUGAAAACCAUCAUGUUCCUUUCAACACUCUCACUCCACUCUUUUUUUAUUUCAGCAUUUAUGCAUUGUUUUGAUAACCCAGGCGGUCUUAUACCAACAUGGCUCAUCAAUUGGGCUACAAAGACUGGAGUGCCAUCAUUCAUGAACUCAAUGAGAAGUGCCUGUUUAGGUUAUGAAGAAUAUAUAUCAUCAAAGACGACAUAACUACAGUGUAAAAAGCUUUAAAGAACAGACAACAUUUUUAAAAAUUUAGUUAAUGGUUUGAACACAGUGCUAAGAAUCAGUGGUUUGCCUGGUGUGAUCACCCAGGUAAAUAAUAAGGUCCUGAAAAGGAUUGUUGCUGGUACAUGUAUUUGACACUACUAGCUACUGGAAAACCUGCCUCUGAAGCUCAGGAGAUUGAAACGUCGUUCACUGGCAAACAUCAACAACAUUUCUUUUCAGGACUAACCUCUGUACUUGGGCAAUCACACUCCACAAACUAAUAUUCCAAAUUAUAAAUAUUUACAACACAGUAUGCAGGUACACAAUUAUUUUAAUAUUCUGAUUGCUCUGUUUGACUUUCUGGGUGGAAGACGUGUUCUCUAUAAUAAAGUACAGUGGAGCCCUGUUAAUCUGGUCACCAACAGACCACAAAAAUAUGGCUGUAUUAACACGGUGGCUGUAUUAAUGGGGCUAUUUGAAUAAGAAAAUCACUGACUGAGCUUUUGUUUCUGCCAGAAUAAGGAGGCAGUAUUAAUGGGGUGGCUGCAUAAUUUAAUGGGUGGCCUUAAGACAGAGUUCUACUGUAUACGGACUUCACAUAACUAGAAAUCUUUAGGGUUGUUUCAACAGUAUGAGGAAACUGCAUUACAGCUUCCUCCCCAGACAAACACAGUCUCUUUGGGAGCAUGUGACUCAAGGAGAAUGCUGAAAUUCACGAUACAGUGUAUUUACAAACAUUGUCAACUAAUGUUUACAAUCUGCCGCAAGUGUUUUAUUUCUGAUAUCAUACAUGUAAUUCAUAUUUACAUGAGCCUUAUUUCAGCCUUAUUUGUAUAAUUUUACAAGACAAAGUCAUCAACUGAUUUUCAUUGUCCACAUCAAUAAUUCCAAGCAAGAGCGGGCCAGCUGAGGUAAAAACACUGUUAAGAGAUUGCCUGUUCCAUGACAGGACUACAAAUGUAAUAACAGAAUUACAGUUGGUGUAAAUAUCAAUAUUUAUGUGGCUAGUAAAUUAUGAAGAUGAUAAGUACAAAACGUAUGCCAAGAAAAUAAAUUUGGUGUUUCAGAUUCUA